AUGAACGAAACAAAAUUUGGUUUGCAACAGUUACCUACGACGGAAGGUGUUCGAUUAACCACCGAAGAUGAAUGUAAUGAUUUCCAUACAGCCGCUAAUCUUUUAUCAAAUGCAUAUUCACAGUUAUCAGUCGAUGAAUCAAUUGAUGAAAUAUUAGAAUACGCCAACAGUAACAAUUAUCGAAACAAUCUUGAACAGACAGCUCAUGCAACGUAUACUAUAAUCCAAAGCCUAUUGGAAAGCGGUCUAUAUCCAAUGGCAAUUCUAUUUCUUGAACAGUAUUUUGAACAAGAUGUUCGUCUACCAACGAACGAAUAUAUCACAACACUAAAUAAUUAUGGUAUGAUACUGGAAGAUGCAAAUAGGUAUGAAGAUGCACUGUAUCAAUGUAUCGACAUAGCGGAGAUUUAUAACAGUGGUGCAAACAUAGGCAGUCUUCGUGAACGUCAACAUACUGAAGAAUGCAUUCGACGGGUAGUGUCACGUUUAAUUCCGAUGGAGUGA